AUGCGAUGGUUGGGUACGAUAUUAUGUUUAUAUCUUGGUUCUUCGUGGGUUCAAUCAAAUUUAGAAUUUGGAUUGACAAAUGCUUUUUUGCCUCAAACCACAUUUUUAUUGGGUCCGAUGGAGGUCCCGUGCAAUGAAAGUCUUUGUACUGGACCAUUAUCGGAAAUAUAUUGUCACGGAGAAAUUCUUCAAAAUUCGUGGCAGUUUGGACUGCAAAAAACUUGUCCAGGAGACAAACUGAGGGUUCCAGCUAAAGAAGUUUUGGCGAAUUUCAAAAAGUUGCCAUACCCCAUGAGCGUCGACAAGUUUCGGAGCUUUUGUGAAGAAAGUUUCGAGCAAGUGAACUAUUUGGAAGUUGUGAAUCUCACAGAUUGGAAGAUAGAUCCGGUAUUUUUGAGAGAGAUAACAGAUGAAAAACAGAGAAAUCUCGCAAGUGAAUUGAACGAACGAUGGAAACGGCUCGCCCGCCAAUUCACUUCUGACGUGCUCACCCAUCCAGACAUGUAUCCCCUUCUACCAGUCCAAAAUCCGUUCAUCGUCCCCGGCGGUCGAUUUGAUGUCUACUUUUAUUGGGAUACUUACUGGAUUAUCAAAGGAUUAUUAGUAUCAAAAAUGUAUGAAACGACAAAAGGGAUCAUUGACAAUUUCUCGAAUCUGGUCACAACACUCGGGUACAUUCCCAAUUCCGGCAAUAUUCAAUUAACACGACGAUCUCAACCUCCACUAUUCCCGCACAUGGUAUGGGAAUACACCAAAGCAACGGGAAGUUAUGACGAAAAAUGGUUGAACAGCAUGAUAAUGGAAAUGGAAUUUUGGGAGAAAAACAGGACUAUUGAAGUGGAUGGUCACACUUUGUUUGCUUAUAAGACUCUCUCAAACUGUCCGAGACCGGAGAAUUUCCGUGGUGACUACUCGAUUGGUAUGAAUACAACGAUGCCGUCUGAUGUAUGGAGAGGAAUUUCUUCUGCCUGUGAAAGUGGAUGGGAUUUCAGCUCUCGAUGGAUGCAGGGAGAUACAACUGCCGCCUUGUCGAAUAUACACACUGAUCAAAUAGUUCCUGUUGACUUGAAUGUCCUUAUGGCAAACAAUUAUAGAUACAUGGCUUUGUAUGCGGAACAUUUUUUGAAAAUUGAUGAAGCGACUUCCUAUAGACGAAAAUUGGAAAAAAUUAGUGCAGCCAUUCAACAUGUUCUUUGGGAUGACAAACUAGGAGCGUGGCUGGAUUUUGAUGUUUCUCUGAAGAAGAAAAAUUCCAAUUUCUACCCAUCCAAUGUCUAUCCACUAAUGAUUCCGGGUUUUGAAAAAUACGCAGAUAAGGUGGAAAACUACAUGAAAAAAUCUGGAGCAUUGAAGUUUGCUGGUGGGAUUCCGUCUUCUCUACCUUCGGAGUCGUUGAAUCAACAAUGGGAUUUUCCAAAUGUCUGGGCACCAAAUCAACACUUUGUCAUUCAAAGUUUUCUAGCGACAAGUAAUAGUUUCCUUCAACAGGAAGCAGCAAAACAAUCUCAAGCUUUCAUAGAGACUGUUUACAAUGGUAUGUACAACCCUACUGGAGGGCUGACCGGGGGUGUCUGGGAGAAGUAUGAUGCACGAAGCACUGGUGGAGCUCCAGGUACCGGCGGAGAGUACAUUGUCCAAGAAGGAUUCGGAUGGACUAAUGGCGCAGUUCUUGAUUUGAUUUGGACAUUUAGAAGUAAUCACAACAGAUUGGAGAAGUCGAGUGAGCUAGAGCUGGAAACAUCUCAACAAUUUGCUCUGGUUUAUACUGCCGCUGGAUUUUGUGCAAUGGUUGCAGUUGUCGUGGUUUUCAAAGGUCUCAUCAAAUACAAAACUCGUCAAGCUUCGGAAGACGCAGAGGCAGGGGCAUUACUACUUGGAGAGAAUGAUGAAAAUGACGAUUAA